CUGCCCCUGGCGCUACGAGCUGCCCCUGGCGCUACGAGCUGCCCCUGGCGCUACGAGCUGCCCCUGGCGCUACGAGCUGCCCCUGGCGCUACGAGCUGCCCCUGGCGCUACGAGCUGCCCCUGGCGCUACGAGCUGCCCCUGGCGCUACGAGCUGCCCCUGGCGCUACGAGCUGCCCCUGGCGCUACGAGCUGCCCCUGGCGCUACGAGCUGCCCCUGGCGCUACGAGCUGCCCCUGGCGCUACGAGCUGCCCCUGGCGCUACGAGCUGCCCCUGGCGCUACGAGCUGCCCCUGGCGCUACGAGCUGCCCCUGGCGCUACGAGCUGCACCUGGCGCUACGAGCUGCCCCUGGCGCUACGAGCUGCACCUGGCGCUACGAGCUGCCCCUGGCGCUACGAGCUGCCCCUGGCGCUACGAGCUGCCCCUGGCGCUACGAGCUGCCCCUGGCGCUACGAGCUGCCCCUGGCGCUACGAGCUGCCCCUGGCGCUACGAGCUGCCCCUGGCGCUACGAGCUGCCCCUGGCGCUACGAGCUGCCCCUGGCGCUACGAGCUGCCCCUGGCGCUACGAGCUGCCCCUGGCGCUACGAGCUGCACCUGGCCUGCCCCUGGCGCUACGAGCUGCCCCUGGCGCUACGAGCUGCCCCUGGCGCUACGAGCUGCCCCUGGCGCUACGAGCUGCCCCUGGCGCUACGAGCUGCCCCUGGCGCUACGAGCUGCCCCUGGCGCUACGAGCUGCCCCUGGCGCUACGAGCUGCCCCUGGCGCUACGAGCUGCCCCUGGCGCUACGAGCUGCCCGCUGCGAGCUGCCCCUGGCGCUACGAGCUGCCCCUGGCGCUACGAGCUGCCCCUGGCGCUACGAGCUGCCCCUGGCGUUACGAGCUGCACCUGGCGCUACGAGCUGCCCCUGGCGCUACGAGCUGCACCUGGCGCUACGAGCUGCCCCUGGCGCUACGAGCUGCCCCUGGCGCUACGAGCUGCCCCUGGCGCUACGAGCUGCCCCUGGCGCUACGAGCUGCCCCUGGCGCUACGAGCUGCCCCUGGCGCUACGAGCUGCACCUGGCCUGCCCCUAG